CGGAUCCAGUCCGGUCAUUUCUUCCCUCCAAAACUCAUCCUUGCUGCAGGGAGGAGCAUUGAGCAUCCGUCUCACUGUAUUCAAGAACACGGAUAUAUACAGUACUUUUUUGACUUUCCAUUGCUUAUGUGCAAAACCUUUUUAUAUCAUGUAUUAUAUUCACAAGGGGUUUCAACGCGGAACCUUCUAGCUAUCAUCUGCCUCAAGAAGGGCGCGGGUUUUUCAGUUGCAUAGGGAAGUCGUCUCAUUUUAUUUCCUGCGCCAAAAAAAAUGCAAUGGCAUGGUCAAUACAAUAAAACCUCGAUGAGAGGAGCGUGAGCCGGGGGAAGUGUGCUGCAUAACUGCCUGAGAUAAUGCUGUUGACACGCGCAGCCUGGAGCUGCUGCUGAGGGAGGAACAGACAGUCCUGUACAGUCAGGGAGCAACUCACAGAGAGGGAGGGGGACCAUGUCCCACCACCACCACAGGAACCCCAGCCAGGGCAGCCACCGCACAAUGAGCGCCGAGGAGAGGAGCUCCACGCCCAUCCGCCACCACAAGACGCCUACACACAAGAGCGCCUCGUCGUCCUCCUCGUCCCAGCGCGACAGCCGCCAGGAGGCAGACAGCUGGGAAAUCAUUGAGGGGCUGAAAAUCGGUCAGAGCAACGUCCAGAGGCCAGAUAAACACGAAGGCUUCAUGUUGAAGAAGCGGAAAUGGCCACUGAAAGGCUGGCACAAGCGUUUUUUUGUCCUGGACAAUGGGAUGCUGAAGUACUCCAAGUCACCAAUUGAUAUUCAGAAAGGCAAGCUGCAUGGCUGCAUUGAUGUGGGUCUCUCUGUCAUGUCCAUCAAGAAGAGAGCCCGCCGCAUUGACUUGGACACAGAGGAGCAUCUCUACCACCUCAAGAUCAAAUCUCCAGACAUCUUUGACUCCUGGGUGGUCAAGCUGCGCCACCACCGUCUCUACCGGCAGAAUGAGAUUGUCCGCUCCCCCCGAGACGCCACCAUAAGGACGUUUCCUCCCCCUGCCAGCACUGAGUCCCCCAUCCCUCACCCCCACCCAGCCUCCCCCGCUGCAGGACAACAUGAAGUAAAGCAGACCAAGCCCACCAGUCUUCCACCAUGGCAGUCCCCCCCAGCCCCCUGUAGCAGCACCAGUCCCCCAACAUGGCAGUCCCCCCCGGCCCCCAGUAGCAGCACCAGUCUUCCAGCAUGGCAGUCCCCCCCAGCCCCCAGUAGCAGCACCAGCCUCCCACCAUGGCAGUCCCCCCAGGCCCCCAGUACCAGGAGCAGCCUGCCUGCCUCCUACAGUAAUGGACAGAGCAAGGUGGCUGCAUGGCUCCAGGAGUCAGAGGAGAUGGACAAGUGUACAGAGGAGCUCGCCCGCUGCCAGUCCAGCCUGAUUGAGCUGAGCAGGUUACUGCAGAGCCUGGAGGGCCUACAGAGGACCCAGUCAGCGCCCAAUUUCACUGACAUGCAGCAUAGUUCUGUAGACAUGUCAAAGAAAAACAAGCGCAUGAACAGAAGAUGGAGAGCCAAAAGUGUCUGCAAAGAUUCAAAAUUGCAGAAUCAGGUCCCCUCUCUCCCUGUGAGUGCCAGUAUGUCGCCCACGCGCCUCCACUCCUCCAACCCCAACCUGUGCGCUGAGCAGGUGGACUUCCAGACCCCUGUCUCUCGCCAGAUUCCUGACAACAUGGAGUGUGGCGGUGACUACAUCAAACUACAGGAGGACUUCUGCCUCAUCGCUCAGAAAGUCCACUCCAUGUUGAAGUCUGCAUUCAACACGGUGGCCAUGGAGAAGGAGAAGAUCAAAUCUGUUUUCUCAGACCAGGAGCAGUCAGAGCGGUCUGCCCAGGUCAUCACCCUCAGGAAGUCUCUGUCACAGGCCCUGUCCCAAAACGCUGAGCUUAAAACCCGACUGGGCCGCAUCCACUCUGAGUCGGUCCUGUCUGAACAAACGAUCAGUGUGAACCUCAUCACCAGUCCUGAUGAGGGGGGGGAGCAGAGGGGAAUCCCUCUGACUCAACAGACGUCCAAUGAGAGCAGGCUGUCUAUGUCAGAGUCUGUGUCGGAGUUCUUCGAUGCCCAGGAAGUACUGCUGUCAGCCAGCUCGUCAGAGAACGAGGCCUCAGACGAUGAAUCAUACGUCAGCGAUGUGAGCGAUAAUAUUUCAGAAGACAAUGCCAGCGUGACUGAUAACGUCUCCAGACAAAUGCCGAACGGAGACCUGGCUGGAAGUGCCUUCCGUAACGGGCGACGCCCGUGUCUCCCCGCCCCCUCGCCAGACUGCAGCAACAUCAACCUGUGGAACAUCCUGAGGAACAACAUAGGGAAGGACCUGUCCAAGGUGUCCAUGCCUGUGGAGCUCAAUGAGCCCCUCAACACCCUGCAGCACAUGUGUGAAGAGCUGGAGUACACUGAGCUGCUAGACAGGGCUGCCGAUACGGAGGACCCCUAUGAACGCAUGGCCAUUAUGGCAGCGUUCGUCAUCUCAGGGUACUCCUCCACGUACUACAGAGCGGGAAGCAAGCCAUUCAACCCUUUACUGGGAGAGACAUAUGAAUGUAUCCGUGAGGACAAGGGCAUGUGUUUUAUCGCUGAGCAGGUGAGCCACCAUCCACCCAUAUCAGCUUGUCACGCUGAUUCCAACAAGUUCACCUUCUUGCAAGACGUCAGAUGGAAAAACAAAUUCUGGGGGAAAUCAAUGGAAAUCCUCCCGAUUGGCACCGUUAAUGUUAUCCUUCCAAGCUUUGGUGACCACUAUGAAUGGAACAAAGUCACCACCUGCGUGCACAACAUCCUAAGCGGCAGAAGGUGGAUCGAACACUACGGGGAGAUCACCAUUAGGAACACCAAAAGCAGUGCCUGUAUCUGCAAACUUACCUUCGUCAAGGGAAAUUACUGGAGUUCUAAUGUGAAUGAGGUUCAAGGGUUUGUGAUGGACCAAGAGGGAAAGGUAGUGCGUCGGCUGUUCGGAAAAUGGCACGAGGGCCUUUACUGUGGAGUCCCGCCCUCUGCCAGAUGCAUCUGGAGGCCAGGGUCCAUGCCCACAGACUACGAGCUGUAUUAUGGCUUUACCAGGUUUGCCAUUGAGCUCAAUGAGCUUUGCCCUGAGAUGCAAGACCUGCUACCACCCACAGAUGCCCGCUUCAGACCCGAUCAAAGACACCUGGAGGAGGGGAAUGUGGAAAUGGCAGCCUCAGAAAAGCAGCGUAUUGAGGACAUGCAGCGCACCAGGAGGAAGUGGCAAGACGAGAACGACAUUAAGCAUGAACCACGCUUCUUCAAGAAAGUGGUUGAUGCCAAUCAAAGGGAGCGCUGGGUCACUAACAACACCUACUGGGAGCUUCGCAAAUCCCCCGGCUUCAUCAACAUGGAAAACCCUAAUCUAUGGUAGCAUAUGGGUCGCUAUGCACACCAUGUCAUCAUCGCUGUCAAAGGCUUUUAACUAUGCACAAUGAGGUUUUCAAAUGAAUAUCUCAUUGACAAAAUGACAGUGUGGAAGGAUACAAGAGCUGAGAUGAGUUGAUGACUUACCGUCGCCCUAUUCAGCCGGCCAGUCACCCAUCCAAGCAUCCUCUUGGAUCCCCCUCAUUGAGCUUGGUGCGGAGGCUGGGUUGUCAGGGCAACAAUCUUACCACGUAGAUCUAUCCUAAGUCGUUUUGUGUUUGUCCUUGCCUUAAAGUCAUCUAUCCACACCACACAUUUUAAAGCUUUUAGUGAAACCCACUUGAGUUCUGAAAGCGGUUUGAUUUAGACUAGUGUUUGUUCUGAAAGCGGUUUGAUUUAGACUAGUGUUUGUUCUGAAAGCGGUUUGAUUUAGACUAGUGUUUGUUCUGAAAGCGGUUUGAUUUAGACUAGUGUUUGUUCUGAAAGCGGUUUGAUUUAGACUAGUGUUUGUUCUGAAAGCGGUUUGAUUUAGACUAGUGUUUGUUCUGAAAGCGGUUUGAUUUAGACUAGUGUUUGUUCUGAAAGCGGUUUGAUUUAGACUAGUGUUUGUUCUGAAAGCGGUUUGAUUUAGACUAGUGUUUGUUCUGAAAGCGGUUUGAUUUAGACUAGUGUUUGUUCUGAAAGCGGUUUGAUUUAGACUAGUGUUUGUUCUGAAAGCGGUUUGAUUUAGACUAGUGUUUGUUCUGAAAGCGGUUUGAUUUAGACUAGUGUUUGUUCUGAAAGCGGUUUGAUUUAGACUAGUGUUUGUUCUGAAAGCGGUUUGAUUUAGACUAGUGUUUGUUCUGAAAGCGGUUUGAUUUAGACUAGUGUUUGGAUUAGGCCUUUGACUACCUACUAAUGUAUGUGUCAUGCAUGUUUAGAGUGCAGCUUUCAUUGGCAUAUCCUAUAUAGACUAACAUUAUUUGUUUUAAAAACAAAAAGAAGAUAAAGAAGUCUGAAGUUUUUGUAAAAUAUCUUCAACGUCAUAGAAUUGAGUGAAGAUUUAACUAAUAUACAAUAUUGGAAGAUUGCUCUUAUUUCUUUUUUAAUUAGCCAUUUGCAUUAGUUCAGUCUCUAUCAUAGCUGUAUUCUCUAUUGGGUCACACAUUGUUUGUGAAAGUUAAAGAGAUUCUCCGAUACUUUUCUAUAGUUUUUAGCUAGUAGUUCUGAAAGUAGCACUCACGAGCCAAAAAAGUGGUCCCCGAAAAUUGCGUACUACAUCACAUACAGUGGGGAGAACAAGUAUUUGAUACACUGCCGAUAUUGCAGGUUUUCCUACUUACA